AUGCUCCGUGCACUGCAGCACGAGACGGUCAAGCAUGGCGUGCGCUCACUGUCGUCGAGUUCAACUGCGGUCCAUGAGGUCCAUGAGUAUGAUUUAAGUGAUCCGAAGCAACUGGCUCUGCACAAGCUGUAUCGUCCAGAACGUGUAACACCAGCCAAGAGAGGGGUAGAACUGCUCAAGACACCACGACUCAAUAAGGGUAUGGCCUUCUCACUGUAUGAACGCCAGUAUCUUGGAAUUCAUGGCCUUCUGCCGCCAGCGUUUAUGACCGAAGAACAGCAAGCUUAUCGGGUUAUGGCCAAACUUCGAAAGCAGCCUGACGACUUAGCGAAGUAUAUCCAAUUGGACGCCUUACAAGAUCGAACCGAAAAACUCUUCUAUCGUGUACUCUGCGAUAACAUCAAAGAACUAAUGCCAAUUGUUUACACCCCUACAGUCGGUUUGGCGUGUCAAAAAUUCGGUUUUAUCUAUAGAAAUCCCAAAGGUCUUUAUGUAACCAUCAACGACAACAGCAUUAGUAAAAUCUAUCAGAUUUUAAGCAACUGGCCGACAAAGAAUGUGAAGAUGGGUGUAGAAAAGAAAGAAACUGACGAGAGAACUCGAUUCCACGGGACUCCACCACAAGGAAGCUGUCCAUCGCUCUAUAGGGCGAUUGUCGUGACUGAUGGCGAACGAAUCCUUGGACUCGGUGACCUCGGCACUUAUGGUAUCGGAAUCCCUGUCGGGAAGCUAGCCUUGUAUGUAGCUUUGGCCGGCGUGCAACCGGAAUGGUGUUUGCCCGUCAUCAUUGAUGUCGGUACUGACAAUCAGGGUCUGCUGAAUGAUCCGUUCUAUACUGGGUUGAGACGAAAACGAGUCCGUGGACCAGAAUAUGAUCUUCUGAUGGAUAAUUUCAUGAAGGCUUGUACUAAGCGGUUCGGCCGUGAUACACUGAUCCAAUUUGAAGAUUUCGCUAAUCAAAAUGCAUUCCGUCUGUUGGAUAGGUACAAGAACGUGUACUGUGUAUUUAAUGAUGAUAUCCAAGGAACUGCCGCCGUAGUGGUGGCCGGUCUCAUGGCCGCUACUAGAGUUACCAAUCGCGAUUUUCACAAACACAAAUUUGUCUUCUUCGGAGCUGGAGCGGCAGCUACCGGAGUGGCAGAGCUAUGUGUGAAGCAAAUGACUGAGGAAGGUCUGAGUGAAGAGGAGGCUUGUGGUAACAUCUAUUUGAUGGACAUUGAUGGCUUGAUCACGAAGAAUCGUCUCAAUAACCUACAAGACCGCCAUGUGAAAUUUGCUAAGGAUAUGGAUGACACGAAAAGCUUGCUGGAGGUGAUAAAAAUUGUGAAACCAGACGGUAUAAUUGGGGCAUCCACUGUUGGGGGAUCGUUCUCUGAGGAAAUCAUCGCUGAAAUGGCCCGUAUCAACCAACGACCUAUCAUUUUCGCGCUUUCAAAUCCCACGGAUAAGGCAGAAUGCACAGCGGAGGAUGCUUAUCGAAUAACUAACGGAUCUGUGCUGUUCGCCUCAGGGUCGCCGUUUGAGAAUGUGGAAAUGGAUGGGCGAAUUUUCAAACCGGGUCAGGGCAACAACGCAUACAUCUUCCCUGGUGUAGCUCUUGGA